AUGGAAGAAGCUUGUGAAACUUAUAUGUAUAGAGGUAAUGUAAAACUUGUUAUCGAUAAUUUCAUAAUGACAAAAAAUAAAAGUACUGGCUCCUUGUACUAUUGGCGUUGCGAAAAACGAUCUUCUAAGCAUUGUCGUUCAUGCGCUCGAACCGUUUUAAUUGAUGGAAAGCAUUAUUUAAGACAUAAUAUGACACCGCAUAACCAUACUACCGAUGCUUCUAGAAAACAUAUAAUUGCCAUUUAUGAGAAUUUGAAGCGAAAUGCACGUGAAACUAAUGAUACGCCCAGACAAAUAAUACAAAUGGUACUAAACGGUUUUCCAAGCUCAGUUACUUCGUCGUUGCCAAAGUAUCAAGCGUUAAGUAAUAUUAUAUCUAGAGAACGUAAAAAGCAUAUUGUUGUAAUAACUUUAAUUGACAGAGGAAUUAUUUACUCACAGACCAUUUCAGUGUAA